AUGGAAAAACCAGCGAACAUCUCUUCAGAAGUUAAUGUCAUCUCUUAUGGAAAUUCAUCAUCAAAUGUUUCCAGUACAUCCGUAGUUCUAACAGAUGAAAUUUUGGUUUCUGUUGGAAUCGUCAUGUUGUUGGAGAAUAUCAUCUCUAUUUUACUGCUAAGUAAAUGUACUCGCAUCAAUUUUCAAAUCAGAAUUCUUUCUUUAAAUUUGGCAGUUUCUGAUCUUUUCACAGGAUUUGUUUUAGCUGUUCCAAAUACUUUGUUAUAUGAAAAAUUCAGGUGCGAUAUAAAGAAGUAUGCCGCUUUUUUAUUCAUCAAUGUGUCGUUACUGAUCGUCAGCAUCAUGAACCUAGAUCGCUGUUUCGUCUUCGCUUAUGCCAUGCGGUAUUAUUCGUUCAUAACAAAGAAGCUUAUGCGAAAACUCUGCUGCUUUGCAUGGAUCACAGGUUUUCCUUUAACUUUCGGAAUGUUCUUUGGAUUUGAUGCCAAAUACGGAUUUUCAUGUGAGCUUAUGGCGUUUCAUGAAAUGAAUGCAAUCAACAGCAUAUUCAAGGGUGUUCUGUUGUGUAUCGUAGUUGUCAAUUUUCUUAUGUUUGGUUAUCUUUUGUACCAUAGUCGUAAAAAACUUUCCCGAACUUAUCCUCAACAAAAACAACCAAUGCCUCAUCAAUAUUCGAGAAUGGUUCGAAAACUAUCUGUGGUGACUGGAGUAUUUUUGAUGGCGUAUUUUCCAUUUAUGAUGAUAAUGACAUUUCCAAUCCUUGAUAAAUCAUCUGGAAUUGGAAAAGGUAUAUAUUCCUUUACCGCGACUAUGGUGCUUCUGAACAGUGCGUGUAACCCUGUAUUUUACGUCUGGAGAUUUUCGGAACCAAGGUAUCACGUGAAGAGAUGGUUCUGUUUCUGGAACAAACGGAUGAGGGAGAAAAUUGACCGACUACACAAUCAACAGUAUGCGUCUUACGAUAUCUAUACAAUAUCAACUUCAGUUUAG